AGCAAUGCAAUGAAAUAGAUUCUGAUAUAAUAUACCAUAAGGUAUUUUGAUAUUGCAGCUUCCAUUUCAUUAAUAAAAUGACAAGGAAGAUAAAAACUACUCGAUUAUGAAAGAAUUUGUGUUUUCUUAUAUCUCAAUUUAAAAAUAUGUUGGUGGGUCCUCCUGGGAUAGAUUAUACCUAAUUAAGAAGGUUGCAAAAUUAAAAGUUUGUGAACCACUGGUCUAGUGCUUAAGUGAAAUAUGUUUAGUACUUUAAUGAAAACUGUAUAAUGUGAUGCCGGAGCAAUACAGACAUAGGUACAUUCACUGACAUUGAGUCUUUACUUUUGGUUUAAAACCAGCAUUGUGACAGCCCACAGCCCCAGACCAUGAAGAAACAUCAAACUUUUGACAGAUGAGUGAAGUUUUGAUCGUCUUCUCUCUACAGUACAGUAGGAGGCGAUCUGCAGCUCUUUAGUCCGCCGAUAAACCCACUAAAGAAAGAAAGAGUUUGCGUUUUAAGUGUGGUCUUGUCUCUGUGUAUUUUAGUGUUGAGAUGUUGAUGAUGAGAGAUGUGAACGUGAUGUGCUGUAAAUCAGUAGGAACUGAUUUGUCCAUGCUGGAUAUUGAUGAUUUCAUCACAGAAAUCUCUCAGCUGAAGAAAGAGGUGGCAUUACUGGAGACAAAGCUGAGGUCAAGAGGAGAUGAAGGAGUGAAGAGAGAGGAUGUGGAUGUAGUUUGUUGUGAAUCUUCAGUGUAUGUGACUGAUGGAUGUCUGGAUUCAGUGUGGAUGAGCAGAGAUCAGAGCCGCACACCACAGCCACUGCUGGACUCUAAACUCUCUGAAGAGAAAUCCAGACACACACAGGACUCAGAGCUCAGUCUCACUUUACUCUGUUAUACUGAGUCAAAGCCCACAGACGCUCAGGACACUGUGUGUGACAGUAAUCAGGGCUUACAGGAUGAGGAAUCUACUGAUCAAACCUCCACAGAGUCUCUGGAUUCUGUCUGUAACGCUGGAGAACAGCAGCAGAUCCUGCAGACCACACUGAAGAUGUGUUCAGUCAAACUGAUCGACUGCAGGAACCUGAUGAUGAAGAUUAAAACUGAACCCACAGAAGAAGAAAAUCACACCGAUAAAGAUGAAGACAAUCAUGAAGAUGGUUUAAUUUCAUCAGAUCAGAAGAGUGAUUCAUGUCCUGAUGUAGAAACGUCCUCAACAUCAGAAGAUCGACUGACAGCACAAACUCUUUCCUGCAUCACCUGUGGAAAGACAUUCAGCUCACAGAGACAUUUAGAGACACAUGAGAGAAAACACACAGAACAGAAACUCAGCUUUACUACCUUACAAGAGAAGAAACUUCAUCAUUCAAAAGAGCACGAAGAGAAGAAGAAACAGCAGUUUCACUGUGAGCAGUGUGGGAAAAAUUUUGAUUUCUUAUCUCAGCUGGAAGAUCACAUGAGGACACACAGUGGUGAAAAGUCUUUCUAUUGCACUGAAUGUGGAAAUUACUUCAGCAGAAAAGAAAGUCUUGAAGCUCAUCAGAGAAUUCACACAGGAGAAAAACCAUACGAGUGUCCUCACUGUGAGAAGAGAUUCAGACAUAAAAGCAAUCUAAUGAGACACGUCCGUUUACACACAAAUGAGAGACCGUAUCAGUGCAGUAAAUGUGACAAAGACUAUAGGGAUUCAGGUACAUUAAAAAGACACCAGUAUAUUCACUCUGAAAAGAAACUCUAUCAAUGUUCACACUGUGAUAAAGGUUUCUGUUAUGAAUCUAAACUUAUAUGCCACGAGAGGAUUCACACUGGAGAGAAACCUCAUCACUGUAGUAUCUGCGGGAAGAGUUUUAUUCUACGUUACAAAUUACUGUUACACCAGAGAAUUCAUACAGGCGAAAAACCUUACAAAUGCUCUCAGUGUGAGAAAACGUUUUCUUAUUUACAUGACUUAAAAGCCCAUCAGAGAAAUCACACUGGGGAGAAACCUCAUCACUGUAGUAUCUGUGGGAAGAGUUUUAAUCGACAUCACAGUUUAGUGUUACACCAGAGAACUCAUACAGGUGAAAAACCUUACAAAUGCUCUCAGUGUGAGAAAACGUUUACUCAGUCAAGUACCUUAAUAAGCCAUCAGAAAAUUCACACUGGAGAGAAACCCAACAAAUGCUCUCAGUGUGAGAAAACAUUUACUCGUUUAACUAACUUAAAAGCCCAUCAGAGAGUUCACAGUGGAGAGAAACCUUAUGUCUGCUCACAGUGUGGAAGGAGCUUCUCUACUCUUAGUUCUUUAAAAGUUCAUCAGAAAAUUCACACUGGAGAGAAACCUCAUCACUGUAGUGUUUGUGGGAAGUGUUUUAAUCGACAUGACCAUUUAGUGGGUCACCAGAGAACUCAUACAGGUGAAAAACCUUACAAUUGUUCACAUUGUGACAAGACAUUUGCUCAUUCAGGUGACUUAAAAGCCCAUGAGAGAAUUCACACCGGAGAGAAACCUUACGUCUGCUCACAGUGUGGAAGGAGCUUCACUGUUCUUAGGUCUUUAAAAGCCCAUGAGAGAAUUCACACUGGAGAGAAACCUCAUCGCUGUAGUGUUUGUGGGAAGUGUUUUAAUCGACAUUACCAUUUAGUAAGACACGAGAGAACUCAUACAGGUGAAAAACCUUACAAUUGUUCACAUUGUGACAAGACAUUUGCUCAUUCAGGUGACUUAAAAGCCCAUGAGAGAAUUCACACCGGAGAGAAACCUUACGUCUGCUCACAGUGUGGAAGGAGCUUCACUGUUCUUAGGUCUUUAAAAGCCCAUGAGAGAAUUCACACUGGAGAGAAACCUCAUCGCUGUAGUGUUUGUGGGAAGUGUUUUAAUCGACAUGACCAUUUAGUGGGUCACCAGAGAACUCAUACAGGUGAAAAACCUUACGAAUGCUCUCAGUGUGAGAAAUCAUUUACUCAUUUAACUAACUUAAAAGCCCAUCAGAGUGUUCAUACAGGAGAGAAACCUUAUCACUGUAGUGUUUGUGGGAGGAGUUUUGUGCAGCGUACACAUUUAGUGAAGCACCAGAGAACUCAUACAGGUGAAAAACCUUACAAAUGCUCUCAUUGUGACAAGGUGUUUACUCAGUCAAGUCGCUUAAAAAUCCAUGAGAGACUUCACACUAGAUAGAAACUGAAAUGAGUCUUCAAUGGUCUCCAUCUCAAGGUUUUUAUUAACGUAAUGAGAAUGUUGUGAAACUGCACUGCCUGUGUUUAGUAUUGAAGGAUCCUACCUUAGAUCCUCACGUGCAGAAUGUUUUUAUUAUUGUGUUUUUUAUCUUUAAUCAUUUAUUUACAUAAUCAUCAUAAUCAUUUUAUAAUCAUUAGUUUUUAUACAUUUAAUUAUUGUAUUUGAUUAUUUAAUAUUAUUUUAUCAUUAUCAAUUUCAUUAUUAUAAUUUUUAUUACUACAUUAUUGUUUAUUAAUUCAUUUAUUCAUUAUUGUUUUUAUUCAUUAUUCAUUUAUUCAUUCAUUAUUAUAUUUCUACAUUUUAUUAUAUAAUUCAUUAAUUCAUUGUAUUUCUAUAUUUUAUAUGUCUCUUGGUGGUUCAGUUUCACAUUUGGGAAGUUUCAUAGAACUGUUCUGUCUGUGUGUAAACAAGAUAGAUAAAGAGAAUGUUUAUGGAAGCCCAAGGUCUAAGGGAUGAUGCAGCUGAGCAAUUUUGGAUAUAACAGUGCAUG